AUGGACAUUGGACUUAAGCGACGGAGCGGAACUGACGUCGACACGGCACCAGUGGGAAGUACCGUGGAACGGCAGCCAAGUUCACGCACCGCGGGUCCGAUAAAAAAUGAGCGUCGACGACGGCCGAGACACGGAGCGUGCAAUCAGCUGAGCCUCGCAAAGAUGACCCUGCACUGGUCCUCCAUCAAAAGAGCAGCGUCUGUAGUGUUUCUAAUCUGGAUCCACAUAGCUGCCGUGGAUGGGAAAAAGCAGAAGGCCUCACCCGUGUGUCCUGUCGGUUUUAUGUUGGCAGUGACAAAACAGAAGGGGGAGCCUAUAUGCUAUAGAAGGAAAGGCCCGGAGGUAUUUGCUGACGCGUUCGAAGACUGCUCGGGCAACAUUUACACGUCGACCCUUUACAACAGUCUGAACAUAACGGACCCAAACACAAUAUUAUGGACCGAAUACAGAUCCUUGUACCCUGGAGGUCCCUUCAUCGAUUGGUCCUAUUCCAGUUCUAUCGGCGAUCUGUUCUUGUCGACUUACGACGUUAACUACAACCCCGAUCUCGGCUUGGACGAGGGCCUGUGUGUUGUGAUGGACCCGGUGAGCAACUUCACGGCGACGAAAUGCGACGAGAAACAUUACAGAUAUUGCUUCGUAAAGCCUUAUCCGGAUGAGGGAGAUAUGACCGAUGAAGGCUGCGGAGGUUUGCGGGAGUCCUGGCGAUUCUCGGGUCCAAUGUCCACUUGCCUCACGGUCCUGAGCGGCGUGGGCGGCGGACCGGUUCGGGCGACUUGGAGGCAAGCGCAUGACCUGUGCUUGAAGCGGGGCGGGUCAAUUCUGAACAGGGGUUGGAGGUAUGCGAACAACCCUAUGUUCCGAGCAACUGGGUUUAAUAGGACCUACCCGUUGGGUAUCGUCAUGAGCUCCGACUACUCCCUUUUACGCUACGACGCCGAAGAUGAUCAUUCUGAGAUACCUGAAUCGGAAUGGAACUUUGAGGAGAACGUGCAGUCGUCAGAUACACUGCUUGGUGCACUGCACGACAAUUUCUGGUACCUCGUCAACGGGUCCUAUAUCUUUUACGAUGUCAUUUGCGAGAAGUCCAUCGAGAGGAAGAACAUCACCAUGAACGUGACUAUCGACAUUGACAACAAGUUGACGUUGUACGUGAACGACACGUUGGACGAGGGCGACAUCCACUGCUUCUCCGAUUCCGUCAUACAUUAUCCGACGCGGAUAAAAAUCUAUCAAAACGAACAUAACUCGUUCGUGUUGAGACCGAUAACUGACGGCUAUUACUGGUGCGUGCACACGGACACCGAGAAGUACCGGUUGGCGGAGUCCAACAAGAUACUGUUCAUACGGGAGAAGCAGUCGGUCAUGAACGUGUACGCGACGAAGCUACGGCUGAAGAAACGUUACAACUUCGAGAACUUGGAGAAGAUGUACAGGCUGUGGAUAAAGAAGUUGAGGGAGUACGUGUUCUAUCGGACGAAACAAGCGCAGAUUUACGGCGAGGGACCACUCCAUUCCAACGACACGGAGAGGAUUCUGAAGCAGUUCAAGAGCUCCACGCCCGGCUUGGACUGGAAGGAGAAGGAGAUAAUACACAACUCGAAGAUAAAGAGGCUCUACUUGGACGGGCGGACGGCGCUUCUGCAUAUAGAGCUGAACUCGGAGAUGCUGCCGGUCCCGCCCGGGUGGUGGGACGACGUCGAGGUGGAGUUCAUGAAGCCCGUGUUUUAUUGCAGCGGGUUCGAUUCCGUGCCCACGUUGAAACUGGGUGAAUCGGUGGCGAGUUUCGGCUGCCGCACCCACCAGUGCGUGGGCGACUUCAACGAGGGCGUGCAGUGGGUGACCACCGCCACCGACGGCUGCACCACUAGACCACCGGCUCUCGCCUUCACCACCAUCAGGUUCCGGGAAAGAGGGCUGCGGGACGACUCGGUCACCCAGAACAUGCCCACCAAAAUCGCUACCCCUAGUGACAGUACCACGCGCGCGGAGGCGCCACAGAUAAUAGAAGCGAGCGACGAGAGCUCCGAGGAGUCCACGGAGCGGUACAGGCCGCCUCCGCCUCCGCCGACGACCACAGCCGAGCCGAGCUCGACCACGGUCGAUAGCACGACGACCACAAUGACCACGGACGCGGCGACGGAAACACCGGAAUCGACCACCGACGCUACGCCGACAACAGAGGCCGUGCAAACGACGACCAUUCCAGAGAUCACCACGAAAGCGCCCGAGGAGACACUGCAGCAGGUGCUCGAGGAUCUGGAGCAGCUGGUGGCCAAUGAUACCGUGCCGAUCCUAGUAGAGAAUAUUGUAGAUGUCUUCGAUCAGGUUGAUGGGCUGCUUGAUAUGGAGAGCGAGCUCGACAUCCCGGGUCAGAUGCUGCACCUUCUGGACAAGUUGGGCUCGGCGGUGAACCUAAACGGUUCGCGCAGCGCCUCCGCCGUUAGGGGCAACAUCGCUUUAGUGAUGGCGGACGCCCAACCAGACAAUCCCGUUCGCGGGCUGAGGAUAGCGGCCAACGACGGCGGCUCCUUCAGCCAGAACUCCUUCGAGCUGCUCUCUGCGGAGCCGAACUCGACCUCGCUGAGCAACGCGGCCAGCGAGGCGGUCGUCCGGCUGCCGGCGUCCGUGACGCAGACGCCGCGCCGCAUCAGCUUCGUGGUGUUCCGCAACGACCGCGCCUUCGCCGGCGGCCGGGGCUACUCCAUCAACAGCAGGAUCCUCAGCGUCAACGUGGAGGACCUCACGAAGUUCGACGACGGCGAGGUGGUGGACAUUCACAUCAGUCCGAUAACCAGCGAGCCGCAGCGCAACCAGAGCCGGGCGUGCGCGUACUGGCAGUUCCUGGAGGACGGCAGCGGGCUCUGGUCCCAGGAGGGGUGCACCCUCAUCAGGUCCGAGGACCCGGAUCUGCUGGACACGUGCCGGUGCGACCACCUCACGCACUUCGCCGAGGUGCUGGUGCCGGCCGCGGUCUUCUCCGAGAAGGACGAGAGCGCCCUCGAGCUGAUCUCCAUAAUCGGGUGCUGCGCCUCCAUCUUCGGUCUGUGCCUCGUCGGCCUGACCGCGGCCACCUUCCGCGCCUGGCGCCGGAGCUACAGCAACAAGAUCUGGCUGCACCUCUGCGCGGCGGUCCUCCUACUGGUGGUGUGCUUCUUGGCUGUGCCCCUCGUCAGGUUCGAGACCAACAGCGUCGGCUGCAUGCUGCUCGGCGUGAUGCUCCACUACGCGGUCCUAUCGUCUUUCUGUUGGAUGGUCGUCGCCGCCGUUCUCUCCUACCGUCGCCUGGUGCUGGUCUUCACUAGGGACGCGUCGCACAAGUUGCUGCGGGCGGCCGCCUUCGCGUGGGGCGCGCCCUGCGCCGUAGUCGGCGCUUUGCUCGCCGCCGCCCCCGAUUCGUAUGCGGGGCGCUUCGAAGACAAAAGCCCCACGGCGGCCUUCUGCUACCCUUCCGGGCUGGGGCUGUGGUUGGCGGUGUACACCCCCGCGGCCGCCGCCCUUCUGGCCAACUGGACGCUGUUCGUGCUGAUAAUCCGCUCCGUGUUCGCGUCGAGUCGAGUCCGCCGCCACGGGGAAUCCCACGAGGCGCUGAGGUGCGCGUCCGUCAGCUGCCUUUUGGUCUUCCUGUUCGGUCUGCCAUGGAUCUUCGGGCUGUUCGCCUUCAACCUGGUGGCCGCGUACCUGUUCACGCUGACGGCCAGCUACCAGGGCUUCGUGCUGUUCCUCUUCUUCGUGGUGGGCAACAGGAAGACGCGCGACAUGUGGCUCGACCGGCUCAAGAUCAAGCAGACGCGGAAGGUGCCGGUCACCUCGUCGACGUACUCGAACCGCAGCACGGGCGCCGCGUGGCGGGGCGGAGCGCCCGAGCAGAAGGCGAAGCCCCGCUCGCUCGCUACGCCGGACGACUCCCGCUUCUCC